CCUCCAGAUUUCAGCGUUCAUCUUCAUCUUCAGUUCUAUUGCGGCUACAAACUUCAGAUCUUGGACGGAACUUUCCAGAACUCGAAUCACCGAACACCUCCGGUCUAUCUUCCGCAACUUUACUCGGCAUACCGCUUCAAAAUGUCCUGGUCAUUCCAACUGCAGAAGAUCAACCAGUCUUUCGAGAAGAUUGCUGGAUGGUAUUACGAGUUCUUGCAGAGGACCGAGGGUGCCUUCCAAGCUCUACACCAACGUGUCUCGCGCCUGGAAGAACGGCAGGCCUGGCGUGAGCCUAGUGACGAGCAGGUCGAACGAGUGCUCCGCAAGAUCCUAGCUGAACGAUUUGCGAAUGAUGGACCGCACCAAACGGACUCGAUGAUCAAAAGCAACGACUUCUUCGUAGAGGAUGCCAAAUCUCGAUCGACGAUCGGACCAAUUCACAUCGACGCAGCAUCUUUGUUUGUUGAGCCUGAGUCAGUGCCAUCCAAAGCGUAUGCAGAAACGUUCCAGAUGCUGGAAGGUCGACUUACCGAGUACCCAUGCAUACAUCAGGAAGAGUCAGCUGAAAAGGAUGCCGUGGACGGGAGGAUCAAGGUCGAAUACGAAAGGUCAAUACUCUGAUGCACGCAGUCCCUGGUCUCUGCAAAGUCAAGAAUGCGCAAUGGCCCCUGGCUUCACCACAUAACCCAGACACAACCCAAUCAUUACACCUCUAUAGCGACACUCCUCGGCCGUUAAGAUUAUAAAUCUCCCUGGCAGAUGUGCACGC